AACAAUAGUGCCCUUUGGAACAGCCAUGACUCACGGUUUAGGGCUAACUUAUAUAAGGGAAAGUUCAGAGUCCUAUUAAAUGACACCUGAGACAGACACAGGAGACUCGCCUCUAACCACCUUCAACGAAGUACUGAAUACACAUAUGGAAGAUGGGUGAAGUGGCAAUAACCCUGGCAGCUUAAUCACAACUGCACCUCCUCAUCACCAUAUUCUCCUCCUCCUCUCUGUAUCCAAUCUCCUUCAGCUCUUCUCUCCAGCCCUCCACCACAUCACAUGGAUAGUCUUUCUCCACAACACACACACAGCCACACACAUUCCUUCUUGCUAUCUCCCCCUCUCUCUUACACACACACACAUGCCCUCCUGCUCGGGGAUUUGAAGAUGUGACUGAAGCUGCCUUGUAAUCAGAUGAAAGUGGAAUAUAAUCCCGAAGCUCCCUCCAUCUUUUUCACUCUUGGAUCGGGGAUGUUGAAGGGGAGGACAGAGAUGAGUGACAUGUAAUGGAGUGAUUGUGGAAAUAAGAUCCUGCUGACCGUUUCUCCUUUAAUGAGGACCUGCGCUGACGCUGCACCCUCAGGAAACUGGGAUGACACCACAGGGCGUUAAAGAGAUACUGGGCAGGUAAAGACCAGGGACACAAACGACAAAGAUCAAAAGGGAUCGUAAGCAUCUUCUGUGACUGGGACAAAAGAUAUGCAAUGGCAGAGACUGGGCAGCCUGUGAUGGAACGGUUCCCACCAGGGGUCACAAUUCCCUCAAACCCUGCUGAGUGUGUCGUCUCUGACCCGAUUUCUGCUGAGGUCUUCCACCAGCCUGAGGAACAACUAAAGAUCUCCAGUGAAAUAUCAUGCUCACCAAAGAACAUUAAAGACAGUGACCAGACUGCUGCACUAACCUGCAAUACCAACUCUGAUCAACAACAUACAGGUCACUUCAUUGCGGAGACCCAUGUGUCUGACGGUGCAGACUUGCAGCUCAAAGACAUAAUGAGCCAUCAGAAUAAACAAGAAUGUGGAGGAUUAUUGUCAGUGCACAGGGACCACGUCUUAAAUCCUCAUAGAGACCUGAAAGAACACAGCCUGUUAUCAAUACAGAGAAGCCACAGCUUGCAGAUAUAUGAAGACGGCCAAGCUCCUUCUCGCAAAUGUGAUGCUGGCUCAUUUUGUUAUCCAAUAAAGGAGCAGGGGGCUUGUGCGCAGUCAUUCCCAUCUUUAGUUUGUAAACAGGCCAUGCCACUUCAGCAAAGCAAUACGGUUACAACUUCCACCAGAACUGGGAGCAGCAGAUCAGGCAGUCCCACUCAGCCAUCCCAACAAGCAUUUGUACUGACCAGCGCUUCUGCCCAAAUACAAGUGCCCAGUGAGGCCAUUCCAGAGUCUUCCUGCUCGAAAUUUCAUGAUGCCGUUUGCUGUAAUUUACACUUCCAUCAUGGAGGAGUAGAGGACACGUUUGCAGCAUACUGCCACCCACAGCCCAUUCCUGCCCCGGCACAGCUGUUGUCACACUUAGUGGGAAUGGAAGGGAACCACAGGGCCCAGGUGACAUCAGGCAACUUGCUUGCUCUCCCUCGACUCGUCAGCUCUGUCAGCGAGACAGGAUUGAAUGCUAAGCGACUGUAUAACUGUUGCGAUCUUGACUGCUCUUGGCCUGGUCCACUGCGUCCCACAGGAGCUCAGAUGAGGCAGUGGAAAGAUGGAGAUACCACAAGGGAAGCAGAGACCAUGACCUCACAGAAAGAACUGAGAGAUAUAGGGGUGCAAGUAGGUCCUGACUCUGAGGAACAUCCACAGCACGUGUUCCCAGAAGUAUGUCUGCUUGAGGAAAAGGUGAACGGGAGCGACCAAACCGUGCCAAAGAGUAACAAGUCUUCUGUAAGGAAUGUGAAAUGGGAUGCAGAAGGCAUGACCUGGGAGGUGUACGGAGCCUCAGUUGAUCCCGAGGAACUUGGAACUGCAAUUCAGCGACAUCUGGAGCUACAGAUUAAAGAGACUUUGGGAAUAGCAGCAAAGCUCUCGCGCCAGAACACAGCAACAUCUCAGCACAGCUCAGCAUCAAAGCACGGGAAUAAAAGGAGGAUAUUGAAAUCCCUGCGUCGUCCAGGCUGCUGUUCUAGUACCACUACUGCCGUGGACUAAAUAACCAACGUGACCUCAAACUGUUUCACAAUACUUCUUUGUAUUUGCUCUUGGAUAAAAGAACUAAAUGGCGAAAAUUGACGACAUACUGUGGGUCUUCCAUUCUUUUGAAUAAAUAGAUCAUAGAAAUAAAUGUUCAACUAAAUAAAUGUAUGUAAUAAAACUAAUCAGUAGAAUUAGUUUGUCAAGCUUUAAUAAAUAGAAUGAUGAUGUGUUUUUAUAACAGGUUACCGCUAUUCUUGUAUUUUAGUCUUCCUUCACCUUUCUAAGAUUAUUAUGACUUACAACAAUGUCAGAUUGUGUUGAUUAUUGAAUCAGCUUCCAGAACUCUUUUAUAGGUAUUAGAAUAGAUUAAUAGCGGUGUGACACGACCCGCUGGACAAAACACAGUUGCAAAGGCUGAUCAAAUUAUAUGAACAUAAAAGAUUAUGUGAAUUAUUUAAGUCUAUUUUAAAGAGUCACAACAACGGCAAUGCACACAUGCAGACACAUAGUGAUAUAAUUUCCAAACAAUUUUCCCUUUAAUGAAGAAACUUAGAAAACACUGCAGCACAUGCAUUUGUCAAAAUGUCCGAUUGUUUGUCAAAAAAGCUUUCCAAAGCUAAUUAAAUGUUUCAGAAGCAUUCUGUUUUUUGUCUGUGUAUUCAACGGUACCAAUAAAAGCAAUGGGCUACGA